UUUACUAACCCGUUUUGAUUCCUGAGUUCACGAUGCCGUUUUGAACCCUAGGGUUCAAGAGCUUGAGAAUGGUUACUAAAUUUAAAAUUGAGCGUCUACAAGAACCCGUCUCUUCGGAGCAGCCAGCCGCUCUCCUGCGCUCGCCUGCAACAGCCAGCCAUAAGCUCACCUGCAACUUUUUGAUGGUGGAAGGUUUGCUCGUACAUUGACGAGCUUUGAUUUCAUGUGAGAUUACAUUUCAUAUGUAGAGAGAGAGAGAGAGAGUGAUCACAUCGUACAUUGAAACUUGGAGCUUUCUAUUCCAUAUUUUGGGCGAAAUCAACCGAAAGCUUCAAGCUUUAGAGGUAGCGAUUCACAGUUAGAUAAGCAUGGCUAAUCAAGGUGGAAGCAUAAAGGUCUCAUCAAUCAAUGGGGUGAAAACGUAUUCAGUAUCAGGCCAGCGCUCACUAGCCACGUGGCUUCCCCCCAAGAAAUUGAAGGCCCUUCGAAAAGAUAAAGAAUACAUGCGGAGGGUGGAUCUGAUCCAGGAUUUGAGGUUUGAAACUGCAACAUCUAAAAUCAAGGCAACUCCUGAUGGGGAAUACCUAAUAGCAUCAGGUACUUACCCUCCACAAAUUAAAGUGUAUGAAUUGAGAGAACUGUCUUUGAAGUUUGAAAGACAUUUGGUGUCAGAGGUCAUCGAUUUUCAGGUGCUGGGUGAUGAUUAUUCUAAACUGGCUUUUCUAUGUGGCGAUCGUUCUGUUUGUCUCCAUGCAAAAUAUGGAAGUCAUUACAGUUUACGGAUUCCGAGGAUGGGAAGGAGUAUGGCCUAUGAUCGUUGGUCUUGCGAUUUGCUUUGUGCUGCCUCUUCUCCAGAUUUAUAUAGAAUUAACUUGGAACAGGGAUGCUUUCUCGCCCCUCUUAGUACACGCUCCUCAGCAAUAAAUGUUGUUACCCGAAGUAAUGUACAUGGGUUGGUUGCUUGUGGCUGUGAAGAUGGGGCUCUAGAAUGCUUGGAUUUGAGGGCUAAAUCUUCUAUUGGAAGGAUUAAUGCUGUUGCACCAUCUGGUGAUACUAAUGAGGAGAUUACUGCUUUACAAUUUGAUGAUACUGGAGGAUUCCACAUAGCAGUUGGAAGCAGUAGUGGAAAGGUGCUUAUCUAUGAUUUACGCUCUUCACAUCCUCUCCGAGUGAAGGACCACAUGUAUGGUAGCCCAAUAGUGGACAUUAAGUGGCAUCAAACCCUUAAUUCCAUGCAACCAAAAAUGAUUACUGCUGAUAAGCAUGUUGUGAGAGUUUGGGACCCUGAGUCGGGGGAUGGUUUGACCAGCAUUGAACCAACGGGUGGAACUAUCAAUAAUGUGUGUGUUUUUCAUGGAAGUGGGUUGAUGUUGAUGGCACUAGAUUGCAACCAGAUACCUGCAUACUUUAUACCUUCUUUGGGCCCUGCUCCUAAGUGGUGUUCUUAUUUGGAGAAUUUAACAGAGGAGCUUGAGGAGGGUGCACAAACAACCAUUUACGAUGAUUUUAAGUUUUUGACAAAGGAGGAUUUAGAACGACUAAAUCUUACCCAUCUGAUCGGCACCAACCUCUUGAGAGCCUAUAUGCAUGGUUUCUUCAUUGAUUAUCGACUUUAUAAAAAGGCACAAGCUUGCACAGAUCCUUUUGCUUAUGAUGCAUACAGACAACAACGAAUACAAGAGAAGAUGGAGGCAGAACGUGCUGCUCGCGUCACGAUGAAGAGGAAGUUACCCAAAGUGAACAAGAAGCUUGCUGCUCGGCUGCUCGAGGAUGCUGAAGAUGCAGAACUGAACAUUGAUGGGGACACUGCUGCCAAGAAGAAAUCAGCCAAGAAAAAGAAAGGGUUGGCAAAUGAAAUUCUGCAAGACAAACGUUUCUCUGUAUUAUUCGAGAACAAGGAAUUUGAAGUUGAUGAGUUCUCGCCAGAGUAUCUUGCUCAACAUCGUAGUUCGUUGAAGAAGCAGCCCUCAUUGAUAGACGAACACUUUGAGCCAGUGGAAAAUGAUGAUGAGGAUGAAGAAAUCAAUGGCUCAGAUGCCUCAACGGCAAAUCAUUCAUUGGAAGAUGAGCCUGAGGGGGAGACAUAUAGGAGGAAAGCUAAAAGGGUUCCAAGGCUUUAUGAAGUAAAGGAUGAGCGCCAUGCUGAAGCAUUUUGGAGUGGGGUGUCAUUCUCGAAGGAGGACGCACUUCCUUUGGAAGAGAGGGUAGCUGCCUUGGAGAAGGCUUCAAAACAAGGUGAAAUCAGGAGAGGACCUGGUGGAUCGCGGGAGAUAUCUUUCAUAUCCAAGAGCUUGCCGAAAGGUCCCAAGUACGAGGAUGAUGAUGAUAUGAGAGAAAAUAGAAGGGGUAUUGAGUCUUUGGGCUUCAGGCCCGCGAAGCCUCAUUCUCGAGGAAAUGGUCGAACUCGAGGUGGCAGAAGAAAAGAAGGGAGUCAUAUGAGAAGUAGAGGGAGAGGUAGAAAGUAUUAAUGGAAGAUUAUACAAUAACAACUGUUUACCUUUGGUACAAAUAAGUGACAAUCAACCGUAGCCGUUCGUUUUGAAAUUGGGUGGUUGGGGUUUUGCCCACCGACCAUACUUCAAAUUUGAGAAAAUUUCAGGCAAAUGCCUCAGUUGUCUAAUUAUAUAUUUGACAGCAUGAGAUGUUUGUGACCUUUUUUGACAAAAGGUAACCGUCUCAUUGUAUACAACCACUUUUUCCAAUUGAGGGAUGACAAGCAAGCCUCAGUUUUACUGGAAAUUGAGGAUGACUACCAUCCAUCUUGAGAUGGGUGAGAUAGUAGCAGAGUUCACAGUUUUGGCCAUUUUCGGCAUGGAGGUAGAGAGAGAGAGAGCUUGCAGUCUUUUUAACUUUAUUUUUGUUCUUCCAGCUUUUCUUGGUUGUGUUGAGGUGAUUUUCAUUGCAAUUUUCCUUGUAAUAAGUAUUGUAUUCGGCUGGUAAACGAGAUUAAUUGUUUAUUUAUUAGAAUAUGCCAAAAUGAUUGUAUAGGAAUGAGAGGAUUCUCCCAACAAGUUGAUAUCAUAGU